AUGAACCGUGGCGGAUGGGUUGCCGAUGCAGCAGGGAAAGCAGCAAUCUGGUCACCGAAUUUUGCACUCCUGGAUGAAAGCGCCCAGCACAAUGGCUUCGCGAGAGCGAGAGCUCGGGACAUACAUUGCUAUAGCUGCUAUGCACCCCCAAGCUGGAUGCAGGAAGAGUUCCUGUACAUGCUAGAUGAUCUAGUGGCGGAUGCCCGCAACAAAUCACUGGUCAUAACUGCGGGGGACUUUAACGCCUGGGCGGUGGAAUGGGGCAGUAGAAUCACCAAUGCUAGAGGCCGUGCCCUAUUGGAGGCGUUUGCAAUGCUACCACUGGCUCUGAUGAAUGACGGACAAAAACACACGUUCAGAAAGGCAGGCUUUGGAUCAAUGAUCGAUAUCACUUUCGUGAGUGAUAGUCUGGUGCCAAAGUGCAAGUGGACGCUCAGUGAAGGCUACUCGGGCAGCGACCACCAAGCCAUCUUUAUGGAGGUUGAGGCUCGGCGAGGCAGAGGAGAUAUAGGCCGGACUCAAAGGGGUCCGAAAUGGAACGACACGUCGUUUGACGAAGAAACUUUUAGGCUGACAUUCUCUUCCCAAGCCAUAAAUGGUGAUACAGCGGAGCUGCUCGUACGCGAAGUGUAUACCGCUAUAAACGAAGCAUGCGACGCCUCCAUGCCUAGGAGAAGAACGUGCAAAAAAGGCGUCCCGUGCUACUGGUGGAACGCAGAAAUAAGCUCGGCUAGGAAGGAGUGCCUUAAGGCCAGAAGUUUAGUGCAGCGAUCAAGGGGGAAGCCAGGCUUCGACAGUCGGGUCCACGCCUACAAAUGCCUGCGCGGGGACCUAAAGAAAGCCAUUAGGCGCAGCAAGAGAAGCCGUUUUGAGGCUCUCUGCAGAGAGGCUGAUGUCAACCCAUGGGGAACCGCGUAUAAGGUGGUCCUCAAGAGACUUAAAGGGCACGGCCGGCCACAUGUCACGUGCCCUGUCAUGCUGAGUAGAAUUGUGACAACACUUUUCCCACAUAAACUGCCGUACCUAGUGGUGGACUUCUUCGGAAGGGAGCAGGAGCCACCCCCUGUUGUUACCACGGAGGACGUGCUUGCGGCCGGCAAAAGAAUUGGCGACAAAAAGGCCCCAGGUCAAGAUGGAAGCACUGAAGGCGGCGAUUAG